AUAUUGAGUGCAGCCAUUGAGAAAAGCCAAACUCUUGUGUGUGUGCGUCUCGAAUAGCCCCCAAGAUGGCCGCCAAUGUGGGAUCGAUGUUUCAAUAUUGGAAGCGAUUUGAUCUACGGCGACUCCAGAAGGAGCUUAAUUCCAUCGCUUCUGAGCUGUCUGCACGGCAGGAGGAGAGUGAGCAUUCUCAUAAACAUUUAAUUGAACUCCGCCGGGAAUUUAAGAAAAAUGUACCUGAGGAAAUCAGAGAGAUGGUGGCGCCUGUAUUAAAAAGCUUCCAAGCUGAGGUGGUGGCCCUUAGUAAGCGAAGUCAGGAGGCGGAGGCGGCUUUUCUGAGUGUUUACAAGCAAUUAAUUGAAGCACCAGACCCUGUGCCUGCAUUUGAGGUGGCACGCAGCCUGGACGACAGACUGCAGCCCCCCAGCUUCGACUCCAGUGGACAGCCCCGGCGAGACGUUCCCACCUCGUGGAAAAGGCACCCCGAGCUUCUCAGUCCCAAAGAACAGAAAGAAGGGCCAACCCCCGCCGGGCCCACGCCUACCGAGGGGACCCGCCUCCCGGGUGGUGCUGGGAAAGCCCUCCUGACCGAAACCUUGCUGCAGAGAAAUGAGGCUGAGAAACAAAAGGGCCUGCAAGAGGUACAGGUCACUCUGGCAGCCAGACUGGGGGAGGCAGAGGAGAAAAUCAAGGUGCUACAUUCAGCGUUAAAAGCUACACAGACUGAGCUGCUAGAGCUGCGGAGGAAAUAUGAUGAGGAGGCAGCAUCCAAGGCAGAUGAAGUCGGCCUGAUCAUGACGAACCUGGAGAAAGCUAACCAGCGCGCAGAGGCCGCCCAGCGCGAGGUGGAGAGUCUCCGGGAGCAGCUCGCGUCAGUCAACAGCUCCAUCCGCCUGGCCUGCUGCUCCCCACAGGCACCCAGUGGGGAGAAGGUGGGCUUCACGCUGUGCUCCGGGCCUCGGCUGGAGGCGGCCCUGGCCUCCAAGGACAGGGAGAUCCUGCGGCUGCUGAAGGAUGCGCAGCACCUCCGAAACUCGCUGCAGGAGCUGGAGGAGGCCUCGGCCAGCCAGAUCGCAGACCUGGAACGGCAGCUCACAGCCAAGUCGGAGGCCAUAGAGAAGCUGGAAGAAAAGCUGCAGGCACAAUCCGACUAUGAAGAGAUCAAGACAGAACUGAGCAUCCUGAAAGCCAUGAAGCUGGCCUCCAGCACCUGUGGCCUCCCCCAGCCCUGCUUCCUGUCUCCUCAGGGUAUGACCAAGGCCGAGGACUCACUGCUCAUGGCGAAGGAGGCCUUCUUCCCCUCGCAGAAGUUCCUUCUGGAGAAGCCCAGCCUCCUGACCAGCCCUGAGGAGGACCCAUCGGAAGAUGACUCCAUCAAGGACUCGCUGGUGGCCGAACCACCCUACCCCUCCCCACAGCAGCUUCCACCUCCGCCAGGGCCUGAAGACCCCCUGUCCCCCAGCCCUGGACAGCCCCUGCUGGGCCCUGGCCUCGGGCCAGAUGGUCCCCGGACUUUCUCGCUGUCCCCCUUCCCCAGCCUGGCAUCCGGGGAGAGACUGGCCGGGGACACGCUGCUGCCCAAGCAUAUGAUGCCCCCAGCAGCCUUCAAGGGUGAGGCGGGCGGCCUGCUGGUGUUCCCACCAGCCUUCUACAGCACCAAGCCCCCUGUGGGCCCUGCCACCCCAGCCCCCGGUCCCGAGCCCUCUGGAGCCCCUGAGCAGGCGGACGGUGUAGGGGGCAGCACGGUGGCAGCCGGGGCCGAGGAGGAGCAGCUGGACACGGCGGAGAUCGCCUUCCAGGUGAAGGAGCAGCUCCUCAAACACAACAUUGGGCAGCGGGUGUUUGGCCACUACGUGCUGGGGCUGUCGCAGGGCUCGGUCAGCGAGAUCCUGGCCAGGCCCAAGCCCUGGCGCAAGCUCACAGUGAAGGGCAAGGAGCCCUUCAUCAAGAUGAAGCAGUUCCUGUCAGAUGAACAGAACGUGCUGGCCCUGCGGACCAUCCAGGUGCGGCAGCGAGGUAGUAUCACCCCAAGAAUCCGCACACCAGAGACAGGCUCGGACGACGCCAUCAAGAGCAUCCUGGAGCAGGCCAAGAAGGAGAUCGAGUCACAGAGAGGGGGCGAGCCCAAGAACUCGGCGGCGCCCCCAAGCGUGGCCAACGGCGCGGCUUCGGCCAGCACCUCGGAGGACGCCAUCAAGAACAUCCUGGAGCAGGCGCGCCGUGAGAUGCAGGCACAGCAGCAGGCGCUGCUGGAGAUGGAGGCCGCGCCCCGCGGCCGCUCGGUGGACACGCUGGAGCUCACGCGCCAGGUCAAGGAGAAGCUGGCCAAGAACGGCAUCUGCCAGCGCAUCUUUGGCGAGAAGGUGCUGGGCCUGUCCCAGGGCAGUGUGAGUGACAUGCUGUCCCGGCCGAAGCCAUGGAGCAAGCUGACGCAGAAGGGACGGGAGCCCUUCAUCCGCAUGCAGCUGUGGCUCUCAGACCAGCUGGGCCAGGCGGGGGGCCAGCAGCCCAGCGCUUCCCAGGCCAGUCCCAUGGAGCCCCAGGCCUCGCCAUCGCCACCCCCCAGCCCCCUGGAGCCCGAGAAGAACUCCCAGGAGCCUUUGAGCCUGUCACUGGAGAGCAGCAAGGAGAACCAGCAGCCCGAGGCCCGCGCUGGCUCCGGGCUGGGCGCGAAGAUGUGCUCGGGCAGCCAGGCCACAGCUGGCAUCCAGGAGAUUGUGGCCAUGUCCCCAGAGCUGGACACGUACUCCAUCACCAAGAGGGUCAAGGAGGUCCUCACGGACAACAACCUAGGGCAGCGGCUGUUUGGGGAGAGCAUCUUGGGCCUGACACAAGGCUCCGUGUCUGACCUGCUAUCCCGGCCCAAACCCUGGCACAAGCUGAGCCUGAAGGGGCGAGAGCCCUUUGUCCGCAUGCAGCUGUGGCUCAGUGACCCACAUAACGUGGAGAAGCUGAGGGACAUGAAGAAGCUGGAGAAGAAAGCCUACCUGAAGCGCCGCUAUGGCCUGAUCAGUACCGGCUCGGACAGUGAGUCGCCAGCCGCACGCUCUGAGUGCCCGAGCCCCGGCCUGCAGCCACAGGACCUGAGCCUCCUGCAGAUCAAGAAGCCCCGCGUGGUGCUGGCGCCUGAGGAGAAGGAGGCGCUGCGGAAGGCCUACCAGCUUGAGCCCUACCCUUCGCAGCAGACUAUCGAGCUGCUGUCCUUCCAGCUCAACCUCAAAACCAACACGGUCAUCAACUGGUUCCACAACUACAGGUCCCGGAUGCGCCGGGAGAUGUUGGUGGAAGGAACCCAGGAUGAGCCAGACCUUGACCCCAGUGUGGGUCCUGGAGUCCUGCCACCAGGCCACUCCCACCCGGACCCCACCCCACAGAGCCCAGACUCGGAAACUGAGGACCAGAAGCCUGCUGUGAAGGAACUGGAGCUUCGGGAGGGCUGUGAAGCUGGCGGCACGACACUGGCUGCCCCGGACAGGGCACAUGUACAGAUCAAGCAGGAGCAGGCUGAGGACGGUGCUGAGGAGGAGGGAGGCAGCCCACCCCGGGACUUAGGGGGCCCAGACAGAGCUCAGGGGCCUCCCAAAGAGGAGCAACCCGGGCCCCCAGGUGCUGAAGAGCUCCCCGAAGUGGCCGUAGGGCCCCUCCCGGGCAGGGCCACCUCAGACUGCCCCUCGCUACACCCAGCCCAGGAGAGCGAGGCCAGGGAGCGGCUCCACUCGGACCCUCUAAGUUUUAAGUCAGCUUCUGAGUCCUCACGCUGCAGCCUGGAGGUCACCCUGAACUCACCCUCCGCAGCAUCCUCACCAGGCCUCCUGAUGUCUGUGUCACCUGUCCCCUCUUCCUCAGCCCCCAUCUCUCCAUCCCUGCCUGGCGCCCCCCCUGCCAAAGUGCCGAGUGCCAGUCCCACUGCUGACACGGCUGGGGCCUUGCACCCCAGUGCCAAGGUGAACCCCAACCUGCAGCGGCGGCACGAAAAGAUGGCCAACCUGAACAGUAUCAUCUACCGACUGGAGAGGGCUGCCAACAGGGAGGAGGCCCUGGAGUGGGAGUUCUGAAGGUGGGGUGAGGGGGCCAGGGUGUACCCCAUGGCCACCCUCCCCCUGGCACUCGCUCUCCUGGACAAAGCUCCCCAUCUGAAUGUGGACAGCAAUGUUAUGCCGUUUACGUUUUUUGUUGUAAUCCUAGUGCUACGAAGUUGUGAGAGAGCAGGUGAGGCGGAGGCAUCGCCCCUUCCUCUGGCGUCCCCUGCCAGGGGCACCAGGAAUCCUGCCCCUCCUCCCGCCCUCACCCCUCUGCAAGAGGCAGGAGCAAAAUGGCACCACAUUUUCACCCCCAAAACUCUAACUCUUUUAGAAAAAUAAAGAAAUAUUUAUAGACCUCUUUUAGAUAUUUUAAUAAAGGAUCCUUUGGAAUUUAUUCCCAGCCAAUGCUGUUUUGAUAUUACAGAGCGUUAUGAAAUCAGGAUGCUGUCACAACUGUUGCUAAGUAUACACCGAAGUUGUGUCUUUUUUUUUUUUUUUUUGCCACUAGAUGAGAUUAAAAGAAGAUAAUUGUUCAAAGCCAUCACAAAACACUAUAAGACUGACCAAAUUUAGAUAACCUUUGAAACCACAGUUGUUUUUCCCCACACCUGUCUGUGAGACACAGUGCUACUGCCCUCCGGGAACCGUGCUGGAAAGUCCAAAAGACUCUAAAGAAAACCACGAUGCCGUUGAGGAUGUGUUCUGUUCUGGUGGUCUGUCUGCAACCGUUAUAACCCAGACUGGCUUGUUCUGAGGUCGGUGUCGUGGAGAUGUGGCCAGGCCACCCAUAGGAGAUUACAGCACAGCACAGUACAAACUGCUCACCCUCCCGGGUCAGAAAACCGGGCACGGAGGUCAGACAUCCAUCCCACCCGUCUGCAGACAAGCCCUGGGAGCUGGGGGUGGGGCGGGUGUCAGCCAUGCUUGAGCCAGAGUGACCUCAUUUUCCAGCUGCACCGAGGCCACCCGAGCAAGUUUCCCCAGGGGAUGCACAUGAGCAUUCCAGAGAAGGCUGCGGCUGCCACCUCUCCUCGUGAGCCGUAUUGCUCACCCCCCAAGCACUGGAGCCUAACAACCAGCACCAAAAAGUAGACUCCUCAAACUAGAGGAGUCAGCUCUUCUUUUCGCUGUCUUCUGUCUCCAGCUUGACCUUGUAUUUCUGGAAGGGCAUUUGCACUCCAAGUCCACAUGAAAGUCUGGAAGGCCCAGCCUGUCACAUCCAGCAUGUCCACUGUCACAGUGCCCACCUUCUCCAGCACAUGGCCUUCUGGGGCAAAGACUCAAGACUCCCCAGCUCCAAGGAGCCCUUCUUCUAGCAUCUCCGUCACAGCCUCUAAAGGGAAGAGGACCCCAUUUGGAUGGGACAGCUACCAUACUGGUUGUUGGGGCCCUUUUGUUUUUAUUUCUCCUUUUCAAAUUCUGUGGGAAGGUGAAAUGGGGUGAUUCCCCAGUAGAAAGGUAAAAAGGUGACCAUAAAUGAUGCCAGUCCAGUGUCAUGGGGAGAGGGACAGAGGGAGACGGAUGCCAUGAACACAUGGACCCUCACGGGCAGAACCCCUUGACCAGCAAGGGACAGAGGAGGACCAUUGCAGAAAUCCCCACUCAUGCACCCAGCCCGGCUGCCGUCGCCACACCAGGCAGUCACCAACCAAUACUCCCUGAAGGAUGACCUUUUCCCUACACCCAGGCUAUGCAUUGAAGAGUUUUCCACUGUAGACAUUUUUAUCCAGAUGAAGGUAUUUUUAUAUUGGGACAAUAGGAAACAGUAACCAAGUUUCAGAGUAAACCAGUCUGGAACACACAAAACAUCUCCUUGCAGCCACCACUGUCCUGUCGCAGUUAGACACCCAGGGGGGAGACACAUCACUUUGUACUCUGGAAACCAACACCAUGUUGCAAUCCAGGCUUCCACAGGAACACCAGUUCUUCAGUUCUUCGAGAACUCAGUUUGGCUUUAGUGUGACAGGAUUUGAUCAAGCACUUAGUCUAGUCUUUUGAACACAGAAAUCCUGUUGUACUUAAAGCUGCCGGACCUGUGAACACCUUUGUCUGGUUCA